UCAAAACUCACUUUUUGUCUGAAUUCGUUUUGGACAAGAAAUACAAAGAGACCUUUCUUCUUCUUCCUUUAGUUGCCUCUAGUAUCUCAUCAUCAACAUCCAUCUUCUCUCUUCUCAAUUUCAUUAUCUCUCUCUCUCUCUUCUUCACUGUAUGCUUUUCACAUCUUUCUCUUUCUUAAUUGUUCAGCUUUAAUGGGUUUCAUCUGAGAGAUAACAAAAAAAAAAAACAGCUCAAGAAGCCAACUCAUUUUGUCAGAAAAGGACAAAAACGAUCUACUUCAUUCGUUUGAUCCAUCUCUCUCUACUUCAAUGGGUUCUUGCCUCAGUUCUCGUGUACUUAAUAAGAGUAGUAGUGGUCUCGAUGAUCUUCGUCUCUCGAGCUAUAAGUCAUCAUCAUCAUCAUAUACUGGAGCUCAUAAGACAGAAGGAGAGAUACUUAGCUCAACGAGUGUUAAAAGCUUCACCUUUAAUGAACUUAAACUCGCAACCAGAAACUUCAGAGCUGACUCUGUUGUUGGAGAAGGUGGUUUUGGUUGUGUCUUUAGAGGCUGGCUUGAUGAGACUACUCUCACCCCGACCAAAUCUAGCUCCGGUCUUGUUAUUGCUGUUAAGCGCCUUAACCCUGAUGGUUUUCAAGGUCACCGAGAAUGGCUGACAGAGAUCAACUACUUGGGGCAGUUGAGUCAUCCCAAUUUAGUUAAAUUGAUUGGUUAUUGCGUGGAAGAUGAACAACGGCUUCUUGUGUACGAGUUUAUGCACAAGGGUAGUCUUGAGAAUCAUCUCUUCUCAAGAAGCCGGGAUUUUAAGCCGCUCUCUUGGAUUCUACGGAUUAAGGUUGCACUUGAUGCAGCUAAAGGACUCGCAUUUCUUCAUAGCGACCCCGUCAAAGUCAUAUACAGAGACAUCAAGGCAUCUAACAUCUUACUCGACUCGGACUUCAAUGCAAAGCUGUCAGACUUUGGAUUAGCGAGGGACGGUCCAAUGGGGGAAACUAGCUAUGUUAGUACCAGAGUCAUGGGUACAUUUGGCUACGCCGCGCCAGAGUAUGUCUCAACAGGUCACUUGAAUGCUAGAAGCGACGUAUACAGUUUCGGGGUUGUUCUUCUGGAACUACUCUGUGGAAGACAAGCACUGGACCAUAACCGCCCAGCCAAGGAGCAAAACCUUGUGGAUUGGGCUAGACCAUACCUCACAAGCAGACGAAAGGUUCUACUGAUUGUGGACACUCGGCUUAACUCACAGUACAAACCCGAAGGAGCCGUGAGGUUGGCAAGCAUUGCUGUGCAGUGCCUCUCAUUCGAACCCAAAUCACGUCCUACCAUGGACCAAGUUGUCCGAGCCUUGGUACAGCUGCAAGACAGCGUGGUUAAACCGGCUAACGUUGACCCGGUUAAGGAUAUCAAGAAAGUUGUGGGAUUGAAAAUUGAAGACAAGUACCAGAAAAACGGUUUAAACAAAAAAAGUGAUGGUUUGUAGUAGGUAGACAAAGAUGUGGUUACUGGUCAUAGGUCUCUCUCAUGUCUCCUUGUGUGUUGUUGUUGUAAUAUUGUCGUGUGAUUUUGUAACACUGGUUAUAGUCUUGCUCCUGUUUACUUGGAGAUAAUCUUUCUUUUUUUCUUAUAGAUCAAAUAUUUUGGUUAUAUAUACCAAAAUGUGGUAGUGAACAAAUUCCACUCUGUCUUCUAACAUUUUUAGUUUACCAUAUAUGUAACUAAUUUCUGUCAAAUUGAUCUCUUUUGUGGUAA